AGGAUGAUGGAGUGGCAAUAUACAUCGAGGAUGACACCUGUUACGAACUCGUGGAUGCAGUGACGAAAAACGACUGGGAAGCAGCUAAAAGGAUUUACGAGGCGGAUCCUGAAGCUAUUAAUCGAGGGCUCACAAAUAUCUCAUCUACAAUGCUGCAUUUAGCUGUAGGUUAUAAUGCAGGUAUGACUUUCGUGGAGGAAGUUGUGAAGCGCAUGACACCAACCGCGGUUGCAUAUAGAUCAACCGAGUGUGGUGACACAGCACUUCAUACUGCUGGCUUUUACUAUGGGCGUACUGAAGCUGCUAAAUUGAUGGUAAAUAAAAAUCCUAAGUUGACUCAGAUACGUAACAAGGAAGGACUGGCACCACUCGAAUAUGCUUUGCAUUAUGUUACAAUCGGUUAGAAAGAGAUAGUCGAGUAUCUUUACUCUGUAACGGAAGAUAUAGACCCAAAUCCGUUCGUGGGCCAUGAUGGUGCUAGGUUAUUAUGCACUGCAAUUGAUGCCAAUUUCUAUGGUAUGGCACUAUCUCUUGUGGAACGGUUUCCAAAAUUAGUUAUGGAGAAAUCAUUAGUACACUGUAUGUGUGCAUUAGAGUUACUGGCUCAAAGGCCUUUCACAUUUCGGAGCGGAGCUAGGCUGACAUGGUGGCAGAACUGCAUGUAUUCAAUUAUUCAAGUGGAUCAUGUACGCAACGAUGACACGGAAAACGAAUGGGACGAAGAGAACCUUUUAGAAAACUCAGGAGGCACCAAAGCAGUUGAAGGGUUAAUUAGUUCAUCACAGAGAAAAGUUACACGAAUAGUAGCCAAUUUUUUUUCAUCGUGUCUCAAGCCUUGCUUAACACGAGCGCUUCCUAUCAAGAAUCUGCAAAACCAAAAAUUGAUGCAUCAACAAACUACAGCACUGCUUAAACAAAUGAUCGUGAAAAUCCUUAAAGUAACACGCAGCAGGUCGGAGAUACUAGAUUUUCUGAAAGAUAACCCUAAUAUCAUGAAGACAGCUAUAAAGCAUGGAAUCACAGAAUUCAUGGUGGAGUGUCUAGAACAGUUCAGUUUCUUCUUGACUUACUAUAGGUUACCAGAACAUAACGUCUUAGAAAUGGCUGUUGCGGAACGGAAUGAACUGAUAGUGAGUCUCACAUGUGAAAGCACUAACGACAAAAACGAUUUGGUAUCUAAAACAGAUAAUGACGGGAACACAAUCUUGCAUCACGCUGCCAAGUUAGCGCGUCCCUCUCAACUCAAUUCGAUCCCAGGUGUAGCUAUUCAGAUGCAACGGGAAUUGCAGUGGUUUAAGGUAAAGGUCACAAUUUCCUUUUCCAUCUUAAACUUUUUAUGGAAGAGUUUAAGCCCAGAGGUUAUAUUAAUAGCUAGGAAAAGAAAGAAAGGAAAUAAAAACCCGAUAGUGAAGAGUUUUGAGCAUAAGGCGCUGGCCACAACGACUUUACCAGAGAACAGUACAAAUAAUUAGAGUUUUAGGAACAAAUACUACAAUUAGAGUUUUUAACUACUCCCUCUAUCUUUUUAGCAGAGAACUAGUUUUUACUUGUCCGCUUAUAGCUUUAUUUCCUCGACGACUCUUUCCAAUGCCCCUAUUUAUGGUUACGAUGCUUAUUUACAAAA